AUUUAAUAAUGAAGAAAAGAAUUAAAAGAUUACAAGGAUCAUCAUAUGUAAUUUCUCUUGAGCCAGAAGAUAUACUUGGAUAAGGAUCAUUUGGUAAAGUUGUGAGAGCCUACGAUCUUGAUAAUAGGGAAGAGUAAUUGGUGGCUAAAAUAAUGGAAAUUGGAACUUAAAGUAAAUUAGAUUCCUUGUAACAUGAACUCACAGUUUUAGAAUAAUUUUAAAGUGAUCAUUAGAACCUUGUUUAAUACAAGUAAUAUAAUUUACGAUCAUGCACAGGAGGAAGAAAUUGUAAUCAAGUAAGGCCUGUUACAUAAUUAUGGAAUAUUGUAAUGCUGGAACUUUGGAAGAUAAAAUGAAAAAUAAAUUUUGGUCUGAAGCUGAAGUUAUGGAUUUCUUAAGUUAGUUUUGUAGUGGCUAUCGUGAAUUGUUUAUGUAAAAUAUCAUUCAUAGAGGUAUCAUCAUAAAAAUACAAUAAAUUUAGAUUUAAAACCAGCUAAUAUUAUGAUUCAUGAUCGUCUUUAUAAAAUAACUGAUUUUGGUUUAGCAAAAAUAGUAAAUACUCUUGUUGAUAAACUAACUAUAUCAUUUAAAGGCACUCCUCUUUAUAUGGCACCAGAAAUGAUUCAAGAAGAAGCUACAGCUGAUCCUAAAAUUGAUAUGUGGAGUCUUGGUAUUAUAUUAUAUAGGAUGCUCUAUAAUAAAUACCCAUUUCUAAUUCAAAAUAAAAAGUAUGAUAGGGAAACUGCUUUCUCUGAUAUUGUUAAUAAUGCUUUAAAUAUUCCUCCUACUCCUAAGAGAUCUGAAUUUAUUAUUUCUUUACUUUAAAGAAUGCUUAAAAAAUCUACUAAAGAUAGAAUUGGAUGGGAAGAAUUAUUUUCAUUACCACAAAUAAAAAUUCAAUAUUAACCCUAAAUUAAUUAAAACCUUUAGAUGAUAUCUUCAUCUGUUUUUAUUUAACAAAUGGUCAUUCAAAAAGUUUCCCUUAUUAAAGUAUAACCAUUUAAGAAUAAAAAAGUAUUGUCUUUGGUUUCUUAAAUCUUAACAGAAGAAGACUUAAAAAAACAAAGUGAAGAAAAAGAUAAAGAAUAAAAAUAAAUUCUAAAUGAGAUGAUGUCUAAUUUAAAUCAUAAGUAUUAUCUUUUCUUAUAUUUCAAGAUUAUAAAUUUAACUAUAAAUUAAUUCUAUUGAAGAUAUAUUAUUUUAUUUUCAUGAAUAAAUAUUUUUCUUAGACAAAGUUGCUAUGAGAGUCUAUAGAUUAAACUAAGUUAUUCCCACUAUUGAUUUUAAUAUCACAUAUAAUAUCACAGCAGAAAUAUUAAAUCAAGCUUUAGGAUUAAUUUAGAAAUUGUAAAAACUUUAGCCUUUAAGUCUUGUCCAAUAAAAUUUAUAUAAAUAAUCUGAUAACUAUCAAAUUUUCUAAUCAUUACUCUAAUAAGAUUAAUUGGGUUUGGAAGAUUUCUAUAUAGAAAUUAAGAAUAAGAUAGUUUCAAAUUUAAAAAAUCCUAUAAAUCAACUUUUUUAAAUUAUAUCAAAUUAACCAACAAUUAAUUCAAUCGUUUAAAUUUAUAUCACCAUAAAAUACUUAAAGGAUAGUCAGCAUAUUAAUGAAUUAAACUUUUCGAUAAUGGAAGACUUUUGGACUUAUUAUGAAAAUGUUGAAAAUACCUCUGAAUAGGAAGCAUUAUAGUAUCUUCAAAAAGAACUCACUUGA